AUGUUGUUAAGAUGAAUACAUUCUGCACUUAUGUCCUCACUCAGAAAUGUUCUUUAUUUCCAAGCGGGACUUGCAGUCCUUGCCAAUAUGUUUCUUCUUUUCUUCUAUAUUUUCAUAAUUCUAGGUCACAGACCUAAGCCCUCAGACCUGAUCUCCUGUCAACUGACCUUUGUUCAUAUAAUGAUCGUCCUCAUAGGAGGGGAUAUUUUGCUUACAGAUGUAUUUGAGUCACUGAACAUUGGGAAUGACUUCAAAUGCAAGACAACUUUUUACUUAUUCAGGGUGAUGAGAGGUCUCUCUAUCUGUAUCACUUGCCUCUUGAGUAUCUUCCAGGCUGUCACCAUUAGUCCCAAUACUUCACUGUUGGCAAAUUUUAAACAAAAACUAAAAAAAUAUAUGAUCCACAUUUUCUUAUGUAUUUGGGUUUUCAAUUUGUCCUUCAGUACUAACCGGAUCUUUUAUGUUGGUGGUUUUACCAAUGUGAGUGAGACCAACCAGAUGCGGGUCACUAAAUCCUGCUCACUCUUACCCAUGAACUACAUCAUCAGGGGACUGACUUUUACAAUAUCAACAUCCAGAGAUGUAUUUCUUGUAGGAGUCAUGCUGACCACAAGCACAUACAUGGUAAUCAUCUUGUUCAGGCAUCAAAGGCAAUACAAGCAUCUUCAUAGCGACAUCCACCUGCAAGACUCUCCUGAGAAAAGGGCCACCCAGACCAUCUUGCUGCUGGUGAUUUUCUUUGUGAUCAUGUACUGGUUAGAUUUUAUCAUCUCAUUCACCUCAGACAUGUUGUGGAGGUACAACCCAGUCAUCCUGACUGUGCAGAAAUUUAUGAUGUAUGCCUAUCCCACAAUUACUCCUUUGGUACAAAUCAGUUCUGAUAACAGAAUAAUAAUUAUGCUGAAAAACUUAAAAUCAAAGCAACACCAGAGAUUUACUUAA